CCAGUAUAGUAUAGUAGAGAAUGACACAGGCUUUUGCUUACACUCUUUAUAUUCCAGAGAGAUGAUCUACUAGCAUCUGUCCAGAGAGCGCUGCUUUAUUCUUGUUGCUCUAUUCCCUGGUUACAAGUAAGGGGAGCUAAUCUUUGGUAUUUGCAUCUUUGAGGAUGAAAGCAUGAAACUACGACAGCUGAAACUAGAGAAUCAGAGAGUUCUUCUAGAGAAGAAGCAGAGGAAGAAGCGCCUUGAUCCCUUGAUGGUCCAGCCAAAUCCCGAGGCAAAGCUGCGUAGGUCAAAGCCUAAAGGGUGCGAGGAGCAGACUCCUUUAGUAGAAACUCCUACCCCUUUCAACAGUCAUGUUAAUUUACAUGGCAUUGAUGGACCAGCUGCUUUCCUGAAAUCAGAAGUGCAAGAUUUGGGGACCAAGCUCCAAACUCUUUCUGCUGGAUCUUCCAAAACAGAAGACAAUGCAGAUCAGGAAAAUGGUGGAGAGGCUCUAACAGACACAGCAGGCAAGCCAGAUUUGCAAGAAGUCUUACAAAAACGAGGAAUUUCAGGCAGUUUGAAUUUUGAUGAGGAGGACACAGAAGAGGAAGAGGCAAGUAAGAGACCAGCAUCUCAUUCACAAUAUCCUGAAUCUGAAAGGCCUAGUUCUACAACCAGUGAGAAAUCUUUUGCAGAAACAGGUGCUUCCUAUAGUCCAUCCCCUCAGGCAGAUGCACAGCUGGGAGAAGUAGAGAACUUGGAGGAUUUUGCAUUACGCCCUGCACCCCGUGGUAUUACAGUCAAAUGUCGAAUCACUAGAGAUAAGAAGGGAAUGGACCGGGGCCUCUUCCCUACUUAUUACAUGCAUCUGGAAAGAGAUGACAACAGAAAGACAUUCCUCCUUGCAGGGAGAAAACGAAAAAAGAGCAAAACAUCCAAUUACCUCAUAUCAGUUGACCCAACUGAUUUAUCCCGGGAAGGGGAAAGUUUCAUUGGAAAACUCAGGUCAAACCUCAUGGGAACUAAAUUUACAGUCUAUGACCAUGGAGUUAGCCCAGUCAAGGCACAAGGUCUAGUGGAAAAGGCUCAUACAAGACAGGAGCUUGCAGCUAUUUGUUAUGAAACCAAUGUGUUAGGAUUCAAGGGUCCCAGAAAAAUGUCUGUGAUCAUUCCAGGAAUGAAUAUGAAUCAUAAACGAAUUACAAUCCGUCCACGAAACGAACACGAGAGUCUGCUGUCAAAAUGGCAAAAUAAAAAUUUAGAGAACCUAAUUGCGUUGCACAACAAAGCUCCAGUCUGGAACGAUGAUACUCAAUCCUACGUUUUGAACUUCCACGGGAGAGUCACUCAGGCCUCAGUGAAGAACUUCCAGAUUGUCCAUGACAAUGACCCUGACUACAUUGUGAUGCAGUUUGGUCGUAUAGCAGAAGAUGUGUUCACUCUGGACUAUAAUUAUCCUCUCUGUGCUCUGCAGGCCUUUGCUAUUGGACUCUCCAGCUUUGAUAGUAAAUUGGCCUGUGAAUGAGAGACAACAGACUUGACACAUGGAACUUGCUCCCCUCCCUGCAUCUUGUUGUAAGAGUUCCAGUUGGAGUAAUGAAAAGCACAGUGAGGUUGGAAGGGAACUGGAGGACCAACUUCUGCAGGCUUAUUAGAAAGCAAAUACCAGGCUCAGAGCAUUAUGGUAGUUGACAACAGACCAUUUUAGAAGACUGUCCCAAGGAAUUUAGCCCACUGAUUGGAAUACAUUGCAGCAAGGAUUAGAAAAAUUAUGCUUUUGUGUUCCUAUACCUUGUAACUUCCACAGUGCCCCAGGAGGUGAUGCUACUGAUGAAUUCAGGCAAAAGGAGGACAGUUAUUGGCACGUGUUCUCUUUUGCUGUGUGUAGUGUUUUGCUGUCUGUUAGAUCAGUCAGACAUGGAAGGAUUCAGGUUAUGGCUCUGUGCAACUGUAGGUAAUGUUCAAUAAAUACAGAGUUGGAAUGAGACAUAUUGGCUCUAAUAAAACUCUGUGGGAUGAUUCUCUGUUAAGGCUCAUAGUCCAGUUCCCUUUCAUUAUUCUAAUCGCUCCAUAUCCCUUGACAGUUGUUUUACCAAAUAAAGCACAAUCACAUCUCAAA